GGCAGGCGUCUGAAGCGGCUUGGACCUGCUGGAGACAACCCGGCUGUGCUGCGGAUGCUGUGAGCCAGGAGCAAAGUGGAACCCAAAAGCGGGAGAGCUCCAGGAUUCCUCCCCAGAAGAGGCAAAGAAGAGCCGUAACCUGCUUAGCUGAAAACACUGCUGCAGAUCAUCUGCAUAUGUUCACUCUGCCACUUUCCUGAACAUCUGAGAUCUAGAGAAGAGCCAAGAUGAAGCUCCACAUACCCAUGAAGCAGGCUAAGAGCUGAUACAGCAGCUCUUGACCUUACAAGCAGUGUGUCUGCAGGUUUUACACUGGGGAGUAUGGCUGCAAAGAAACUGAGAAGAGCAAAGCUGUCUCAAGAGCUAUGUGAAAGGCUGAGUCGCUAUCAGAUCACUACCUGUCAGGACUUUUUGUGUCUUUCGCUCUUGGAGCUAAUGAAGGUGACAGGACAGAGCUACAGAAAUGUGCAAAAACUUAUUUGUCAAGUCAGCCUCGCUUGUGCUCCCAAAAUGCAGACAGCUUAUGAAAUGAAAGUAAGGAGGUCUGUCAAUCCCUCUUCAGCCUUUUUAUCCACCACACUGCAUAGUUUGGAUAAAGUCUUGCAUGGUGGAGUGCCCUGUGGAUCCCUCACAGAGAUAACAAGCCCACCGGGUUGUGGCAAAACUCAGUUUUGUAUUAUGAUGAGUGUGCUGGCUACACUACCUGUAAGCAUGGGAGGACUGAACGGGGCUGUGGUAUACAUUGACACAGAGUCCGCAUUCAGUGCGGAAAGGUUGGUUGAGAUAGCAGGAAACAGAUUCCCUACUUAUUUUGACUCUGAUGAAAAGCUGUUUUGCAUGACCCGUGGCAUUCAUCUGUAUCGAGAGCUGACCUGUGACAGUGUACUGAAGAGGAUUAAGUCUUUGGAAGAAGAAAUUAUUUCAAAGAAGGUUAAACUCAUAAUAAUUGACUCUGUUGCUUCAGUUGUCAGAAAGGAGUUUGACACAAAGCUCCAAGGCAAUCUGGCAGAGAGAAGUAACUUUUUGGCUAGAGGAGCAUCACUAUUGAAGUAUUUGGCAGAGGAGUUCUCAAUACCAGUUAUCUUGACGAAUCAGAUUACCACAUCACUGAGCAAUGGCCUUGCGAUCCCAGCAGACCUGGUGUCUCCAGCUGAUGAUUUGUUCUUGUCUGAAGUUUCAGGAGCAUCUGGAAGUGGAAAGAAGGAGUCUGGUUGUGUGACAGCAGCCCUUGGCAACACAUGGAGUCACAGCAUCAACACCAGGCUCAUACUGCAAUACCACGACUUGCCAACAAGACAGAUCCUGGUUGCAAAAUCCCCUGUUGCUCCAUUUUCCGCUUUUUUCUACACCAUUGAGAAAUCGGGCUUGGUUCUUCAAGAUGGAAAGGGUCAAUCAAAUUUAACCUGGGAAGGAACCAAUCCUGCCCUGCAGACCAUACAAGUGAGGAACACUGCCCUGAAAAAUCCUUUAGUUGAUGCUGCUUUACCCAGCACUACUGGUGCGACUCCUGGCGAUACAUCCAAUCCAUAGAAAGGACAAAUGCAAACCCCCCUGAGAAAUGAAUAAACAAUGUGUUUUUUUUUUUUUUUUUUUUUUUUCAAAAAUUCAGGCAUUCUUCUUUUGCCUCCUUAGAGACCAACUCCAAAAGCAAGUGCUGUUCUCGGUAUGUGUGGUGUCAUACUAAACUCUGGAAUUAAGAAAAUUCUGAGUUUUGUUCGGGUUAAAUAAAGUGACAUAGUAAUAAAAGUCUCUGAACAACACA